AUGGCAUUCAGGAGGCAAGUGAAAAACUUUGUGAAAAAUUACUCAGAAGCUGAAAUAAAAGUCAGGGAAGCAACUUCUAAUGAUCCUUGGGGUCCUUCUAGUUCCCUGAUGUUAGCUAUCAGUGACCUGACUUUCAACACGAUUUCUCUCUCAGAGAUUAUGAAUAUGCUAUGGCAGAGACUAAACGACCAUGGGAAGAACUGGCGCCAUGUGUAUAAAUCCCUUAUGCUAAUGGAUUAUCUCAUCAAGAAUGGAUCUAAGAAAGUUAUUCAGCUUUGCCGAGAGGGGUUCUGUAAAGUUCAAAUACUAAAAGAUUUUCAACAUAUAGAUGAAGCUGGAAAAGACCAAGGUUAUCAUAUCCGGGAAAAGUCUAAGCAAGUCAUAACAUUGCUGAUGGAUGAGCAAUUGCUGCAUAAAGAGAGGGAAGUAGCAUGUCGGACUAGACGGCGUAGCUCCUACUCUAUGGCAUUUUCUAAAAGAUUACCUCAUACAGGUAACUCUCCAACAGCCUGGGCUUCUGCCCCCACACCAGAAGUUCCUGCCUCAGAGAAGUGUAAGCUUCUUAAGGUUGCAAGGCUAUGUAAAAGAAAGAACACUUCCAAGGCUGGAUGGAAACAAGAGCAGUGGCAAGACAUUCAGCAGCCUGGUGAUGCUGUGUUGUCCCAGGAAACACUACCUCUCAAGUUCACUGCUUGGAAAUCAACAGAGGACCUGAUGUUAUUUUAUGAGGAUGACCCAAAGCCACUUUUGCCGACAAUUUCUCCAGCCAUUAUCUCGUCAUCUACAUGGUUGUCAGAAGGGCAAGCAGAAGAUUGUAACCUCUGGAAUGCAGAUGCUGUAUCUACUCCCUCAGAAAAAAACCCAUCUCUGCAGACAAAUGUGAAUUUGGACAAGAAACCAGAGAGUACCAUUACAAAUACUGUAACAGAAAACCCUUUUCAAAUGCCUCUAGAAAAGCAGUCCAAUGCCACAAAUUUUGAAAUAUUGACAACUUUAUCAGCAUUUGGGUCAUCAAGUAAAGAAGAGUCUAUCCAUCCAAGUGUAAGAAUAUCCAAGUCGGACUCGACUUUCUUUAACCAGGCCUCUGUAGAGACACUCUAUGUCUCUCCCUCGUUCAAGACGUUUGACCCAGCGAAGGAGACUGUAAUCGAUAAGGACUCUCAGAAACCAGCCCAGCCCAGCAUUGCUCAGAGGGAUGCUGAUAUCCUCAAGAGCUUAACGGAAUGGGUGUCAACCACCUCUGAGGGGACAUCCUCCUUUUCUACUCUGUCCAUGUCGUCGCCUGACACGGCCUCUCCAGACAAGUCUGCUCCUCUCUUACCCCGGAUGUUGGCUGGACCUUCCUACUGGGCUUUGUCCCAUCAGCAGUCUUCUUCUGUCUCCUUUAAAGAUAAAGAUAAGACAGCCAGGGUUCGUCACCCCUUUGCUCCUCGGAGCUCACUGUCUUCUGAUGAAGAAUCUGACAACUUCAAUCUACUGGAAAGUCUUCCAGACAACUCUGAUUCUGCCGACAAGAAGAUAAGUCAGAUUCCCAGCAGUGAUCGGGUAGGGUUUUCCACCCAAAACGUAGACCGCUUCACCUCUGUGCCCUGUUCUAGCUUUCAGACAACCAAAGGCCUGCCUCAGGAGCCCAAAGCAAACAAUUCCAUUCAGGGUCUUCUAGGGGAGGUGAAAAAUGCAAUAGUCAAAUUACACGAAGAUCUGAGUAUGGUGAUACAAGAACUUGGUGUCAUCAACAGCCAUCUGGUAAGAAUGAGUGGGAAUAGCCCCCAAAUCAGCAUGGCUUCGCCGCUGCCCCAGUCUUCUGAGGAGAGCUCAGAUCAAAUAGAAUCAUCCCAGUAA